GGAAAAAGGCGAACAAGCAAGCAGGCAUUGGUGCCGGUGGUGUCUCUCUACUAGGGAAGAACACUAGUGUGGGUGCCGCGACCGGGAUCAACAUCAAUUCGGGUAGUGGUAUGUAGUGAGGUCACCGAACGGUUCUAACCAGGGAGUUUUUUUGACACCUACCGUGAAAAACGACCGGAAGUUUUCAAGCGGCCGAAGGCGUUUUUUGACAUAAAAAGUUUCCAAUUAUCAAGCGGCCGGGGCUUUGAUAUCAAACAAGCCCGGUCGAAAACUAUCGAUUCGCACUUGAUAAAACGACGCAGGGGAGCCGGCAAAAGGGGCGCCCUUCUGAGGCGCCCACCGCCUUAGUUUCUGGCGAUUUGGGGCUCCCAAAAAGGGGCGCGCAAAAAACGCGCCCAAAGUCAGAACAGCGAAACAGCAUGGCACGGCCGCGAUUUCGGAGCAUUUUGGGCGGCCGCGAAAGCGGCCGCCUUUUCGCCGGUUUCAGAGCCUGGGAAGCUUUGCAAAAAGCGCCGGCGUGAAAAAUAAAAACGCGAAAAAGAAAAAGCGACACAGACGCGCAAAGCCAAUCCGCAUGCUAUGGGCCCGAUUUCCCUUCGCUUUUUGGGCGCCCCCCGUGGCACCCGGAUCGGCUCCAUAGCAUGGGAGCUGGCUUUCGGAAAGGAAUUUCGGAGAUGUGCUAAAAUUCGCGACGUUUAUCGAGCGGCCGCCAUACCGUGCGGCCUAACGUUACUCACGGCGGUAUGGCGAGCCAAGAAAAAGCAAAGUCGCGGCCAAGGCGACGGUCGGCCGGCAUGCAAGAAAACGCCCACGACCUCACUACCUCCGCCCCGGCGGCUAUAUUUGGUACUUCCGCCGUAACUGGAGCCCCUUUUGCGAAUAACACAUCCCCCUACGCACUGUCUUGGCUGGCCUGCUUGCAGCUGUUCAUCUCUAGUGGGGCGGAAUAUCUGGCGCCGACGUCCACGGUAGAGCGGGACGCGGUCAAGCUGUGCUCGCUCGAGGAGUGGAUCUAUGCGGAGCCUAUCAAAUGUAAAAAUGUCUGGGUCUGGAAGAAUGCAACUUGUGAUGCUAACUUUGGAUUCUAAAAAAAUCUGUAUUGCAUGACCAGCAAGAGGCGCCCAGUUUGUGCUACGCGGGGAGGGCAUUUGUCAUGCGGGAUAGGCAUCAGGAAGGCCUGUAGAAAUAUAUGAUGCUAGAUCAUGCAUUACAGACAUCCUGAGUCAUGCAAAAUAUGCAUGACAAACCUGGUAACCUUUCAGACCCAGACAUUUUUACAUUUGAUAGAGCCCUCGCAGGUACUACAGACAGUCGGGGUCUGAAGACCACUCUGGUUUUCAUCGUGUGCAAAAUAAAACAGGCUAAAGCAACAUAUGGCUCUACUUGGAAUGCUUUUUGAAGAUGUCGCUACUUUUCAGUCCUCUUAUACGGUGGUAAUCUAUCAGGAUGUUGAUCACGACACAUCAAUACGAGUAAAGCUAAAGUGCCUUUAUUUUCUGUAUUCAAAGCAAAAGGUGUUCCGCGUUCCGCAUUUCGUCCUGGCGCAGCUCCGCGGAGACGCG